AUGAAGGUUGGAAUCAUAGGCGGGGGAGCCGCAGGGCUCUAUGCGGGCAUCUUACUGGAUUCUCUCGGAAUCGACUAUGACAUACACGAAGUAUCAGAUCGCAUCGGUGGAAGAAUUUACACCUAUCACUUUGAUAAGGAGACUUGGGACAACUCGACACCGGCAGACGGCGCGUAUUACGAUUACUAUGACGUUGGAGCCAUGCGCUUCCCUCCGAUGCCAUACAUGGAUCGUAUCAUUGGCAACAAGUCUUGGAGCUUGAUUCCUUACAUCAACGAACGGGUAUCCCAGCGUGACCAAGUAGUCAAGAAGCACUACAUUUUCAAGACGGAGAACACCUUCAGGCGCUUCAACGAUAUCACUGCUCUGAUCCAAGAUCCCGCGUCUGCUUCGCCUAGCCGGUACGAUAUCCCGAUCUUCAACUCAACUUUUGAGACGCAGUCUGCAUGGGACGUCUGGUCGAACCAGGUUGAGAUGCUCACGGAUGCCCUUUCGAUGGACUUCUCCACUGGAUUCAACAAGCUCAUGGAAUACGACUCGAUGACAACGCGCGAAUUCCUGUUGAACAGGUCAUUCACGAACCCUGAAAUUGAUUGGUUGGAGACAGUGAACGACGCAACAGGCCAUUACGACAUGUACUCUAUGUCCCAGGCGGUGCUAGAGCAGUGGAUUUUUGCCAGCGCUGAUAUCAACAACUGGUCUCUGAUCAACGGCGGCAUGGACAUGCUGACCAAGGGGAUGACUCUUAUUGCCAAAAACAAGCCCAUUCUCAACAACCGAGUCACCGACAUCAAGAAGAAUUCCGACGGAACUCUGAAACUCACUGUCAACGGCACACAGGACACGAACUACGCCCACGUCAUCUCGACAGUUCCUCUUGGGGCUUUGCAGAUAAUCAACAUGACAGAACUAGACCUCAGCUACUCCCAGAAAAGCGCCAUUCGAACAUUACAGUAUGACCCUUCAAUGAAGAUUGGACUGAAAUUCAAGUCGAGAUGGUGGGAAAAACUGUCAACCGGCCCUUUCCAAGGUGGCCAGUCGUUUACCGACCUUCCAAUUCGGCGCGCCGUUUAUCCUUCUUAUGGAAUUGACGUGGAAAACCCUGCUGCUGUCAUGAUUGCCUCUUAUGUGUGGGGGCAGGACUCCUCGCGCUUGGGUUCUUACCUCAACCCGCACAACCCGACGACCCAAGCACCAUAUCAACCGGAAAGCGUCAACACUCUCAUAGAUCUCACCCUGCGGGAUCUGGCUGUUCUCAAUGGCGUUUCACAAGAGUUCAUUCUGUCGCAGUAUGAAGGAUACCACGCAUACGACUGGUAUGGCUCAGGUUAUUCCACAGGUGCUUUUGCCAUAUUCGGUCCGGGGCAGUUUAGCAGCGUACUGCCGUGGCUCAUGAUGCCUGCGGCCGACGGCCAUAUGCAUUUCGCUGGAGAGGCGCUCAGUUCAGGUCAUGCGUGGAUCAUAGGUGCUGUGAACAGCGCAUGGAGGUCUGUCUUCGAGAUCCUCAGCACCGAAGGUUUGGAGGACAAGAAGAAGGAAUUCAUUGAAAAGUGGAACGUGAUUGAUGAAGUAGACAUGGGCUGGUACAAUUGGUCACCAGAUGGUCAACCUUGA